CCCGCCGGAGUCCAGGUGUGGGCGCAGCGCUAAGCUGAGUUGCGGUACACUCGGCUUGGGGCGGUGUGCGUAGCUGUUCUGCGACCCUGCGACCUCGGCGACAGAAUGCGCAUAGGUAGAGCUUCAGUUCUAAGCAACACUGUCACCAAUAUCUUGAUCAUUUAAGUUGAACAUGUGAUAUGCUUGCGCUCUAGGUAAAGCAGGUAUUGAGACCAUAUAUCAGGCACUGAAAAAAAGGUUGGAAUGAAUUACGGCCCUGUGGAGUUGACCUCAGAGAAGUUUCCAUCAGCCUCAGGUUUCACUUAAAAAUGCCUUAAACGUAUGUAUGUGCGUAAGUAUGUAUAUUAAUGAAAGUGUUGGGAAAUCAACACUUUGUUACAAAGUCUUGUAACACCCAGAACGAUUCCAUUGCAGCGAAGACUUAGUGGACUCCUAGUCAGAAGCCUUCCAAAUUAAUUGGACACUCUUUUUCCUGCCAUUUCAAGACUUUUCAGUUUUCUAGUUUCCCUUCCCACUGCUGUCUCCACAAGUGCCCACCAUGCCCCACCCCCAGAAUUAUUUCUCUUUAUAAAUACUUUCCUCUUCUAUGCAUUUACUAAAUCACAUUGGCUUCUCCCGGUAUGACCGUUUCUUCUAUCUCAAUAUGGCCACGUGCUGGAAAUAAUUUCUUUCUCAUCUGAACUUUUAUAGAUAGAUAUAUGCUGUACCUGUCCAGUGACACUGUCUUUAUUAACUACAAUUGUUGUAUCUUUUUUCCCCUAACUAGACUGUACACGUUCUGAAAGUAGGGACCAUACCAUAUUUAUCUUUUGAUUACUGCACUGUUUUUCAGACUGAGGGAGGUGUAUUCUUGGAGUAUACUCUUAAGAGAAUUGUUGAUACUAGUAUCUUUCCAUAAUGAUUUUUAAAGGUAGUAUAAGCAUUUAGGCCAUUUGGAUAACCAACUGAACCCUGAAACCUACCAUGCUAUGUCAGUGCCCACAGUUAUUUGUAUUUGUUAUCACAUUUUGGUGCCAAGAAAGAAAACUGGCUAAACUAAAUGAUAGAUGUGCCACAGGUGCAAAACAAAUGACAUGCUGUAUGAACAAAGGUUUUUCAGCAAGCUAAAUAAAGUGGUGAGAGAACUGAUUUUUCCCUACAGCAUGGAAUAGCUUGUGUGCCAAAUCAAAAGAACCUGUGUGGUCAUAAGCCAGUACAGUUGUUAUGUCAGGUAACUGUUUAGUUCAGCACGUUUUCAUUUCAUUAGUUUUCAGUUCUGUUUGUAUUAAUUUGUAUUCAUUCGUUCAUGGUUGUGUAAGAGCUUUAGCAUAUAGUUUAUGCCUGGUUUUAUGACUGAAUGUAUUUAAAAAACAAAAUACAAUAACUUAGACACAGCCUGGGGGUCUGCCAGAAUGGUUUCCUUUUAAAAAACCACACAAUACUUUUCUCAAUUUUUAGCAGCUCUGACUUAGAUAUUCAUCUUCUUCUCCUUUACAGCUUAGGCUUAGCAAAUAAUUAGCUAAAAGCUAUCUGGUUGUGUAGACACAGGUGGUGGUGCCCUAUAAAGACUCCUCGCUUUAUUGAUCUUUGCUGUUUGUUUUCAGCUUAUAGGAACUCCACCUGGGUUCUUAAAUUAAAAACACACAAAACAUCUUUUAUCUCCUUGACUAAUUAUUCCCUAUUCCUAAAAGAAUAAUACUAACAAAUAUGACUAACCCACUAAGAACAUUUUUAAAGGACCAGGCAGCUGCUGAGCCCCUGCACUGUUGUUGCUCAUAGUUCACAGAGAAAAUGUUCUUAAAAGGAAGAAUCUGGCUUUGGUUAUAUGUCAGAACAGGUAUCAUUCUAGGAAGUGAGCUAAAUAGCCCAGAGCAACAUGGUAAAAAUAAUUGUUAUCAGCUUAACAAGUUUCACUGUAGCUUUGAGGAAGCAGAAAACUGCUGUGUCCAGGGAGGACACCUUGCUUACACUUGGAACCGGGAAGUUCGGGAUCUUUUCUGGGACUUUCUAGAAGAAAGGAGUAAGUGGUGGAUUGGACAAAAUCUCAUGCUGCUGGGAAAACAUCAAGAAGAAAAACAACCCAGAUGUCGCGGCCAGCAGAGUCACAAAGCCCACCAGAUGCACUUACAUGUCCAGAAACUCCAACUGGAUCUCAUCAACAGUGCACUUGGGCUCACUGGGGCAUUCUUUCAGUUGCCAGCCUGGAACAGCCAUGUCGCAGUUGAGCCAGCAGGGAGUUUGAACGAAGUGAUUCAUGGUUUGCAAAGUCACAGCAAACUACAGAGAGCUUGUGAGGUGCUCCAGAAACUGACGGCCUUUAUGCCAGAAUUUUCUAAGUCAGCUCAAGUUAGUGUCAUCAGUCCUCAUGUUUACCUGAGUGAGAAGUCACAGAGAGCACAUUUCAGAGCAAAGCAGUCUGGGUUUCAAAAACCCCCAACUGCCUGCCUCUCCGAGUCCCUCGACACUGUGAUGGAAGCUGCUGGAGCAAGUCCACAGAGGUCCAAGCAUGCCAUUGAGCAGGUAGAAAAUAUGCUGGAAAUGGCCUUGCUGGCCCUUGGGAAGAUCAAGGAAACAUUUCUACAGCAGAGCCAGUUUUCUGAGUCUUUAGUGACUUUGACCUCCAUCAUUGCUUCUCUGAUGCUGAGCAGGACUAGCUUCAGUUCCUUCAGGGAUUUUGAUGACAAGAACAUUGUUGGAAGUAUCGAAAGUGUGUUGCUAAGCUCUAAUCAUAAAUUUUUCCAAGUCCAUGAUUUAGUGGAAGAUAUUGAGAUCAUGCUGUGGAGAAAUGUUAGCGUGGAAAUCUAUCCCACCAGCAUCAACAUGAGCUCAGACCAUUUUAUUAUGACAGUGAGCAUCACUUCCCUGGAGAAAUCCCUGAUCGUGUGCAUAGAACCUGAAAGUCCCCUUUUAAUGACGCUCUACCUGGGGUUCCAGUAUCAGCCUAACCACACUCACUUCAACCUGAACAUCACCCUUCCAAAGAAUCAGGUAUGGCAAAAAGAUGAGGAAUGUACAGGGGUGCUGGCUCCAGAGAGUCUGCAGUAUGGGAGCAGCACCUACUACACAAUAGCUGUGCUGAAUAAAAGCCAGGAGAGUGCCCAGCGUACACCCACCCUGCUCUCGGAGACAACUGCGGUCACUCGCUGUCAUUUCUGGGACAGCCACAACAGCACGUGGGAGACCAUAGCGUGCCAAGUUGGGCCACAGAGUACAGUUUUGAGCACACAGUAACUGUGAGGUCACUGUAACCACCUGACCUCCUUUGGCAGCGACUUCUUCAUUGUGCCCCGGAUGGUGAACAUUGAAGACACUAUCAAGCUGCUCCUUCGUGUGACCAGCAACCCUGCUGGGGUGUCAUUGCUAGCCAGCCUUUUAGGAUUCUAUAUGCUCACCUUUGUGCGGGCUUGGAGGAAGGAUCAAACAUACAUGCAGAAGGUGAAGGUCACUGUCCUGGCUGAUAAUGACCCCAGCUCGUUUCACUACCUCCUGCAGGUCUCCACUGGCUAUCGAAGAAGGGCCGCCAUGCCAGCUAAGCUUAACGAAAUGAAUGUGGUUAUCACCCUCUAUGGAUCAGAGGGGCAGAGGAAGACCCAUCACCUUUGUGACCCCGAGAAGGCAGUCUUCUUUGAGCCAGAGCAUCUGGAUAUCUUCCUCCUCAGUACUCAGUCCUCUUGAGGGGAACUGCACAGCCUGUGGUUCUGGCAUGACAAUUCGGGGGCCAGACCUUCUCGGUAUGGAAACCGGGUAAUUGCCAGGGACGUGGCAGGUAAAAGGAAAUGGCACUUCCUGUCCAACUGUUGGCUGGCCACGGACCUUGGAGAGAGUGAGCCUGACCGGGUCUUCAAACCAGUCUCAAAGAAAGAACUCUUUUCCUUUAGACACCUGUUUUCCUCCAUGAUUGUAGGAAAGCUCACCCAGGAUCAUCUGUGGCUCGGGAACCAGUUUACAAGAGUCCAGAGGCUCUCUUGCUGCAUGACCUUGCUUCUGUGCGACAUGGUCAUCAACGUCAUGUUCUGGAGGAAAACUGGCACCACUGCCCAGAGAGAUGAGCAAGGUAUGGGUGAGCCCAAUGUUGGGUCCAUUGCUAUGACCUGGUCCCAACUGUUCAUCAGCAUCCAAACCGCUGUCUUCCUCUUCCCUGUCAGUGUCGUAAUUGGGAGGCUCUUCCUGCUGAUCUAGCCUCAGGAACCCCUGCCUCUUUUUCCUCCCGACCAGGCUUCCUGCCUUUCACAUGCUCCUUGUGAGCCUCUGUCUCAUAGAGGAUGUGAAUGCAGAAGGAGACUGGGAUUCCUACUCUGGAGAAAUAAGUACCUACUCUCAGAGUUGGAACAACCUUUAUGGAGUCCUUCCAACAUUAACAAGCAGGUGAAGCUUUUACCCAGCCUCCUCUGUUCUCACGUAGCAGGUCACGGCUCUCAUCAGAGGGCAGGACCCCACUGGUGUGAACCUCGGCCUGUAUUUUCAAUGGUUCCUGAAGGCCAGCAUCAUUUCUGUCAUUACCUGCUCAGAGUUCUGCAGAGGCUUCAAUCUCACUUAAGUGCACUGGGUCCCACUCAGGUUGACCAGCCUUGUGACAUCCUAGAUGCCACCAGUCAACUGCAAGAACUCCAGGAGCUCUUGGAAAUACAUAUUCUUCCAACAGAACAGGGGCCAUUCAGAGGCAACCUGUUCCCCCCUCUGAGCCCGGAAGAAGGGAAGAAGCCCAUCGCUAAUGGCCUGCCCCGAUGGUUGACUUGCAUCUCCUGGCUCCCUCUGGCUGUCACUAGCCCAGCUGCAGCCUUUUUUACUGCAUUUUAUAGUCUGGAACUGAACAAAGACCAGGCCACCAAUUGGGUUAUUUCAGUGACAUUAUCAGUGCUUCAGAACGUCUUCAUCAGCCAGCUAGUAAAGGCGAUCGUCCUCACAUUGUCCAUCUCACUGAUGCGGAACAGGAUGCCGUGUCUUACCAAAGAGAAGGAACAACAAACAAGGAGGAUCUUGGCACUCUUGGCAAAAUGUUCACCAUUACCUGGUUCGAGAGAGAAGAACAACCCCGUCUAUACAGCUCCAGCUUUCCACAGCCCGGGUAAGUGACCAGAAAGAACCUUGAAAGAGAAGAAACAUUUCAAGCUGACAGGAGAUAUUUUGGUACAAAUCCUCUUCCUCAUCUUGUUGAUGACUGCGGUCUACUCAGCACAGAACUCCAGUAGGUUUUACCUCCAUCAAGCUAUUUGGAAGAGGUUUUCCCACCGUUUCUCAGAGAUCAAACUUCUUAAGCAUUUCUACCCACAGGCCACUCACCUUCCUAACCUUUAUGGGGAUUACAGAGGUAUGGACACAGUCCUGGGGCCCCACUUCUGGGAUGCUUCUUGUUCAAAAUUUUCUACCAGUGACCAACACUUAGUCCUACCUUUCUGUCCUAAUUCUCCCAACUGGAGUAUCUCCCCAAGAACAAGUGAAGCCAUCUCACAAGAUCAGGAGGAUACAGAGAACUGUGGAGUCAACGGGGGCUCCCCUGAUACGAACAUCACAAAGUCAGACAGCAUUUGGCAUUAUCAGGAUCAAGAGGUACUGGGUGGCUAUCCUAUCCAAGGGGAAUUUGCCAUUUACUCAGGAGGAGGGUAUGUUGUGAGACUUGGAAGAAGUUCCAGUACUGCAGCCAGAGUUCUGCAGCAUCUUGAACAGAGCCACUGGCUUGACCAUUGCACCAAAAGCCUCUUUGUGCAAUUUGUGGUCUUCACUGCUAAUGUGAACCUGUUGUGUGCAGGGACCCUGAUUUUGGAGUCCAACAACAUGGGCAUCCAAGAAGGACUUUGGUCUGUUAUCUCACAAGUCCUCUGUUAUCUCCUAGUCUGUUACUACGCCUUCGUACAGGGUCAUUGGCUGAAACAGCAGAGGUGGCGGUUCUUCACUAGGAAAAGAAACAUCCUGGACACAAGCAUAAGCCUCAUUAGUGUCAUCCUGGGUCUUGACAUGAAGCUUACUUCUCUGCAUAAGAAAAACCUAGCACAAUACCACUAUGACCGUAACAGGUUCAUCAGCUUCCAUGAGGCAAUAAAAGUAAACUCAGCAGUCGUUCACCUCAUGAGCUUCCUGGUUCUACUGGCAACUGUUCAGCUGUGGAACCUGCUGGAUCCUAACCCCAGGCUGCAGGUCGUCAGAGCACCCAGCAAAGCCUGGGACAGCUUCCUGCUGUUCAUCCUGAUCCUGCUGACAGGCUAUGCCAUUGCUUUUAACCUGCUGUUUGGAUGGAGCAUCUGGGACUACCAAACUUUUUUCAGCUCAGCAGUGACUGCUGUUGGUCUCAAGAUGGGAAUCUCUCAUCACAAGGAGGUUGUUGUUUUAGAGCCAAUCCUGGGUUCUUUUCUGAUCCUCACCAGUGUCAUCUUGAUAGUACUUGUGAUCAUUAACCUUUUUGUUGUCAUCCUCAUGGCCUUUGGUAAAGAAAGUCCCUUAAGGUAGGUAAUUCUCUGGCUCAGUAACUGAAAUAUAAAUGUCAUGAUUCUUCUAGCAUUGGAAAAGCUCAACUGUUGCUGCUCUUAGGCGGACAUAAUGCACAGUAUUAGCAUAUUCCCUUUAUUGGUCUCUGCCAACCAUUUUUAUAGGAAACCCAGUUUACCAAGACUAUAUUAUGUUCUAUAUCCACUGUCCUAUAAACACCUGGUCCUCCACUAUUUAGCAGAAACACUCCAAUGCCUGACAGUAAAUCAUAAAAGGAAAUUUCCAGUAUUACUAUUCAUACUUUUUUUUGGUAUCUUGUGGUACUUUUUCUCUCCAACAUCAGGAUCAAUUGUUAAUUUCCCCCACUUUUCUCCUUUUGUCUUUGAACAGACUCUAAAAGAAGGUGCAUUCACAGAUGGUGCUGCAGAGAGUUUGCUAGGAAUCCAGCGGCACCAAAACACAUGAGCAAAUGGUCAUGAUAGCAAUGGGCAUUAACA